CAUUGCCUCACCCUUGUGUCCCCCGACAAGUCACCAUGGGGAUCCCGGAACACAGCCUGUUCCAAUUCCUCGCCAAGGCGCUCCAAACCCACCACCGCUUCGUUUCAGGCACGCUAUCCCACGCGGAGGCCCCCAUCUACGUCAUCGGCAAUGCCUCUGCGGAUCUCGACUCGAUCAUCUCCGCGCUUGUCUACUCCUACUUCGCCCACCCCCGGCCUCACAUCCCCCUGAUAAACCUCCCCACCGUCCCAUCGGGCCCCGAACUGCGCCGUCUCCGUCCCGAAUUCGUCAAAUCCCUCUGGCUCUCCACCCACCCGCCCGCCGACGGCGACCAGCCAUGGGACGACACGCCCUCAUCCGCGGGGAAGAUCCUCCAAGACCACAUCCUCACGGUAGCCGACUUCGCGUCGCACCUCCAACAACACCACAACCCUGACAACACCACAACUCGAUUAACCGCCGACGCCGUCCUCGUCGACUGGAAUGCCCUCCCAGAACGCUCCCCCUCCCACCAUCGCGGCCAAGGCUCCCUAACAGGCCUCCCAACCAUCGACUUCACCGUAAUCGGUUGCAUAGACCACCACGCCGACGAACACUUCCUCGCGCCCAUCACAACCACCAACCAGCCCUUUCUACUACAGCCAUCCGGCUCCUGCGCCUCGCUCGUCGUCAACAUGCUCGAGAAAAUGGCCCGCUGGCCGCGCCACAGCCACCCGACCACGCCCACCGAACUCCAACUCUCCAAGCUCGCCAUGUCCCCCAUCCUCAUCGACACAGCCAACUUCACGGCCAAAGAAAAAGUCACCGACUCAGACACCCUCGCAUACAGCUUCCUGCGCUCGAAACUCAGCAACGCCUCCUCCCCCGAUAUCCAUACCCACACUAUCACCCACCCCUCGCCCCACCACUGGGACAACAACGUCUUCUUCACGGAAAUCGCCAUCGCAAAGCAAAAUAGCCUCGACCUGCUCACCGUCCACGAGGUUCUAGAUCGCGAUUACAAGCAAUGGACCGAAACCCCAUCCUCCUCGUCCUCAUCACAACAAACGCAAAACCAGAAGCAGAGUCCCCUAACAGUCGGCAUCUGCUCAACAGUCAAAUCCCUCCCCUGGAUCCUCCGCAAAUCCGGCAACCCAGAGACCUUCCUCGACGAGCUGUACACAUUCGCAACCCAAAAGGAACUGGAUAUAGUCAUGGUCAUGACGGCCUUCAGCACUCCCGACCACAAUGAUAAUAGUAACAACAAGAAGAAAGAGAAAUUCCGUCGCGAGCUACUCGUCUGCGCGCUUGGCGAUAAACAAGAAGAUGAAAUGGGGGUACAGGCCGUGCAGGCGUUCAUAUCGCGCGCCGGAUCGGAGCUGGGACUGGAAGACUGGACAGUUCUGGAUAGGGAGGCGUCUGAGUCUGAGUCUGAGUCUGGAUCUGGGUCUGGGUUCGCGGCGUGUGAGCAUGCGCACAUGUGGAAGAGGGUCUGGGUGCAGGGCGAUGUGACGAAGAGCCGGAAACAGGUGGCGCCGUUGAUUAGGGAGGCGGUUUGGGGGGUUUGAGUUUGAGUUUGAAGUUGAGAGUGAAAGGGAGGUAUAUAGGUCUAUACUAUAGUAUAAGAUAUCAUCGUAUACCUAGCAUAUUAUAGUAUAUUAUAGUAUAUUAUAGUAUAGUAUAAAGAAAUAUGGUUGAGUAUAAAGAGAGGAGAUGAGAUGAG